CCCCAUACGUCUUUGACGCUGCCGCGCUCGACAGAUCGACAGGUGAUGUCUGCCAUUUGAUUUCCCGCGAAAGAGACGCUUGUUCCGCGCGCCAGAAGACGCCGCAUAAAGCCGAGCUUGACGGUCGACAGUUUGAGCUUCAGACCAACACCAUGGGAAUACACGGGCUUGCCAAGCUGAUUGCUGACCAGGCCCCUGGUGCCAUCAAAGAACAAGACAUCAAGAACUAUUUUGGUAGGAAAAUCGCUAUAGAUGCCUCCAUGUGUAUCUACCAGUUCCUGAUUGCUGUGCGACAGGAUGGGAAUGUUCUGCAGAACGAGGAUGGAGAGACAACAAGCCAUCUCAUGGGAAUGUUCUACCGGACAAUCCGCAUGCUGGAACACGGCAUCAAACCCGUGUACGUGUUUGAUGGCAAGCCCCCACAGCUCAAGUCAGCAGAGCUUGAGAAGAGAGGGGAGAGGAGGGCAGAAGCUGAGAAGCUGUUGGCUCAAGCUCAGGAAACUGGGGAACAAGAGAAUAUCGACAAAUUCAGCAAGCGCCUGGUAAAAGUCACCAGGCAGCAUAAUGAUGAGUGCAAGAAGCUGCUGACCCUGAUGGGAGUGCCUUACAUUGAGGCUCCAUGUGAGGCGGAGGCCACCUGUGCUGCCCUGGUUAAAGCAGGAAAGGUGUUUGCCACGGCAACAGAGGAUAUGGACGGGCUGACGUUUGGGACAAAUGUCCUGCUCAGACACCUCACGGCCAGCGAAGCAAAGAAACUUCCUAUCCAGGAGUUCCACUUCAAUCGAAUCCUGCAGGACAUCGGUCUGACCAAUGAACAGUUCAUAGAUCUGUGUAUUCUGAUGGGCUGUGACUACUGCGCUACCAUCAAGGGGAUUGGCCCCAAGAGAGCCAUCGACCUGAUCAAACAGCACGGCAGCAUCGAGGAGAUCCUAGAAAACAUCGACCCCAACAAGCACCCUGCUCCAGAAGACUGGCUGUACAAAGAGGCCAGAGGUUUGUUCCUGAAGCCUGAAGUGGUGGAUUGUUCCACAGUAGACUUGAAAUGGAAUGAGCCAGAUGAGGACGCACUGAUCCAGUUCAUGUGUGACGAGAAACAGUUCAGUGAGGACAGGAUGCGUAACGGCUGUAAGAAGAUUUUGAAGAGCCGACAGGGCAGCACACAAGGACGACUGGACUCUUUCUUCUCCAUCACUGGAUCUCUGUCCUCCAAACGAAAGGAACCUGAAGUUAAAGGGUCGGCAAAAAAGAAGCAGAAGACUGGAGCGACGCCGGGCAAAUUCAGGAAGGGAAAAUAGACUGAACGUAGGGCUCCUUUGAUUCUCUGGGGGUGAUGACGUUUAAGCCAGAAACCAGUAAGCGUUUGUGUGUGAUGAUUAGCUUAGCUGAACAGCUGUGUAUGUACAUGACCAAACAUUUUGUUGAUGUCUAAUGUUCUGUUAUUGAAUAAAAGUAUUGACCUUUUUAUAGA